AUGAAGCACGUGGUUGUGAACAGACAGGAGGGCUUUCUGAGCUCCCUGCGUUUGUUUUCUGCUCCAUCUUGUGCUGCAGGUGAUGUGGAGGUGCUGGACGGUGUUGAACCUGACAACUCUCUCAUGUUAGAGCCCUACAUCUUCCCUGAGCACCUGGACUUUCUGGAGUUGAGCUUUACUCCUGGUGACACCAGCGCGACCGUUCGCACCAAGAAAGCCCUGGAUGCAGACGUCCUGGCCUCGACGAACAACGUCUUGUACUACGCUGUCAGGUGUCGGUCUCUUUUUGAGUAUGACAACAAACGCAAACUGAGAGUCAAUGAUAUCAACGACAACAGGCCGGUGUUUCAGCAGAAGCAUUACUCCAUCAGUCUCUCGGAGACUGUGGCUGUUAACACCGAGGUGCUUCGAGUGACAGCUGUGGACGCAGACAGCACCCCAGAGAACAACAGGCUGACAUAUUCUUACGAGCCACAAUCAGAGUAUUUCACUUUGACGAACACGGGAGCGUUUACGCUGAUGAGACGUCUGAACUACAACUUAGUUUCAAAGUACAGCUUUGUGGUGACUGCCAGAGAUAAAGACGGGCACAACGACACGGCCUCUGUGGAGGUAACCGUGGAGGACUUUGACAACCUGAAUCCAUAUUUCAGCCACACUCUCUAUCAGGCUUUUAUUCUGGAGAACCAGGGAGGAGAACUAAGUAAAAUAGAACCAGAGGCAAUAAAAGCCCAGGAUGGAGACACUGGGAUCAACACGACGGUCGCAUACAGCAUCAGCUCUGUCAUCCCAGCAGAGUACCAGAGAAACUUCGCCAUCGACCCUGACAGCGGAGUUCUGUCUGUAGUGACCGCCAUGGACAGGGAGGAGAUGACCAGCGAUGUGGUCACCGUUAACAUCCAGGCUGCACAAACAGAUGACCCCCUGAAGACAGCGGAUGCUGUGGUGUCCGUCACAGUGGAGGAUGUGAACGAUAACCCUCCAGAGUUUGAUCAGUCUGACUACUCUGUAUCUCUCCUGGAAAACUCUCCCGUUGGCGUUGUUCUGUUGAAAGCUGCUGUCACUGAUCUGGACCAGGGAGGAUUUGUGGGAACCCUGCAGAUUCUUCCAGAAUCAGCUCCUUUCUCCAUCAGCUCUGAUGGGACAGUCAGAGUAAAGAACUCCACAGUUCUGGACAGAGAGGCCACAGAGACCAUUACAUUUCAGAUUGAAGCAAAGGAGGCGGACUCCCCCAACCGUGCCGUAGCAGCAGGAGUCACGGUGACCCUCCUGGAUGAAAACGACAACAGUCCUGUGUUCACCAGCAGCAAGUAUGAAGGGAAGGUGUUUGUCAAUCAAACAGAAGGAAUGCUGCUCUUACAGGUUGAGGCUGAAGAUCCAGACGAUGGUGCCAAUGGCAAGAUCAAAUACUCCAUUAACCUGGGAAACAGUGAAGGAUACUUCUCGAUGGAUGAAGAAACUGGAGAGAUCUCCUUGGCUAAAAUCAUUCCCUUGGAGGAAAACAGGAUUCUGGAGUUCCCUCUCUACAUAGCAGCCAGCGAUGGGGGUGUCAUAUCCCGUUCCACCUUAGCACAGGUGACCAUUCAUGCUCCUGGUCACUCAAAUCCUCAGUUCUUACAAGAAGUCUACCAGUGCACUGUGGAGGAGGAGCAGGAACCAGGACUUAUGAUUCUGAGGGUUAACUUCCUCGCGCUCUCGCCUGACACCGUGACUCUCAAAGUUCUGUCAGAAGCUGACAAGUUCUCCAUUUCCUCCACUGGUCAACUCUCUACCAGUGCAAAGUUAGACUAUGACGAAGGCCCUCAGAACUAUUCUGUGAGAGUCUCCAUCACUGAUGGUGUCACCAGUGACAAUGCAGUUGUGAAGGUUCAGGUCACUGACAUCAAUGACAACAGUCCUGUUUUCACCUCCAGUUCUGUAACACAGUCCGUUCUGGAGGACACAGAGAUUGGAUCAAACAUUACCCAACUUUCAGCCACAGACAAAGACAGUGGCUUCAACAAGGAGAUCAGAUACUCACUGAGAGGGGGAGAGGGGAGGUUCGCUGUCGAUCCUGUGUCCGGGAUGGUAAGUUUAGCUGCUGAGCUCGACAGGGAGACUACAGCUGAGUACAACCUGCUGGUGGUGGCUGAAGAUCAGGGUCGUCCAGCCAAAUCUGCCAGCGCCUCACUGCAGGUCCAGGUGUCAGACAUCAACGAUAACGUCCCAAAGUUCUCUGAGGAACAGUAUCAGGUGGAAGUCUUGGAAACAAAGCCUGUGGACUCAGUCUUGCUCACAUUAUCUGCUGUAGAUCCUGAUGAAGAUGUGAAUGGACAAAUCACUUACAGUAUUUUCCUGCAAAGUCCCUCAUCAGAGCCUGCAGUUUUUGAACUGGACUCCUCCAGUGGGAUUCUGCGUCUGGUCCAGCCUCUGGACUACAGUGAGGUCAGCAUGUACACUCUGUGGGUUCAGGCCUCUGAUGGUGGGUCUCCCUCUCUUACUGGGAACAGCUCUGUGGUGGUGAAGGUGAAGGAUGUGAACAAUAACCCCCCAGAGUUCAGUGAGGAAAGCUACCAUGAAGCUGUUUCUGAGAACCUGGCCAGCGGCGCGUCCAUCCUCAGCCUGGAGGUCACUGACAGAGACGAGGGUGGAUUCUCCAAUGGUUACUUCCUGUACACGAGUGAUAUGUUUGAUAUUAACAAACAAGGUGUUGUCUCACUGAAGAAAAGUGCUACUUUGGACAGAGAGACAAAGGACAGCUACUUGUUUCAGGUUGUGGCGGUGGAUCAGGACCCUGACGGUUUGAGCGCCACAGCUCAGAUCAACAUCACCGUCCUGGACUACAACGACAACAGCCCCCAGUUCCCGAGCAUCCCUGACCCCCUGCAGAUCACUGAGGGCGACUACUCAGAGGAAAACCCAGGAGAAAUUUUCACCAUCGUGCCCACAGACGCUGACAUCGGCUCCAACGGAGAAGUCACACUCCUCCUCGCCUCCCCACACUCACUCUUCUGUUUCAGAGAGGAUGGCACGUUGCUGGCUGUUGGUCCUCUGGAUCGAGAGAGCAGAGAAACUUACGACCUGAUCGUUAGAGCUUCAGACAAAGGCAGCCCGCAGAGACAGAACGUCACCACCAUCAGAGUGAACCUCAUCGACGUUAAUGACAACAGACCUGAGUUCAGCUCCAGCAGCUACGACAGCAGCAUCCUGCUAAAAGACGCUGAGGAGGGGAAGCAGCUGUUGACGCUGAGCGCCACCGACCGAGACGUGGGGAACAACUCGCUCAUCAGAUACAGUUUCUCUGGGGGACAGUCUCCAUAUGUGGCUUUAAACAGUGAGACUGGAGAUGUGACGCUGACCUCAGACCUUGCAGAUGUGACAGAAGACACCACACUGGUCCUGACAGCCGUGGCCACAGACCAUGGCAGCCCCCCGCUCAACUCCACGGCUCGUGUGGUGGUGAAUCUGAGGGUCGCCAGUCUGGUGGAGGGCGUGGCCUUCCAAAGCUCCACCUACAACUUCAGCCUGUCCGAGAACGAGCCCAAGGGGGUGAGGGUGGGGACGGUCAGGGCCUCCUCGGGAAGCACGCUGUACUCUGUCUCCUACUUGCUGAAGACGCACACUGACCAGUUCUCCAUCAGCAGCGACGGCACCAUCCUAACCUUAGAACAGCUAGACAAGGAGCAGCAGGAGUGGUACAUCCUGGACGUGGAAGCUGUGGACACACGGACACCCCCAACAACAGCCAUAGCAAUGGUCAGAGUCCAGGUGGAGGAUGUGAACGAGCCUCCGGAGUUUUCCUCAAAGGAAUAUGAAGCCUCAGUGUUCAGCAUCGCCCCCUACAAGACUCCCGUCAUCCAAGUCAAGGCUUCAGACCCUGAUGUUGGAGACAGCAGCCAGUUGGUCUACAGUCUGUCAGCUGAUGGUUCUAAUUUUGACGUGGAUCCAGCCUCAGGUCUGGUGUACGUGGUGUCAGCAGGAGGUCUGAGUGGGGAAACGGUUAAGUUGGAGGUGAAGGCCACAGACUCCAGAAAGCUUCAUGCAACAGCCACGGUGAAGGUUGAGGUUAAGGGGGGUGCGAGCAGCAGCGACGUGACGAUCAUCUCUCUGAAUCAGCCGGCUAACGUUGUGGAAAAGAAGAUUCCAGAUCUGGAGAAGUCUUUGCUCAAAGUUCUGGGCUGGACCGUGAACGUCAUCCAAGUGUCCAGCUCAAACGAAGGACCCACCGACUCCCGAACGUUGAGGGGGUCCGUGAAGACUUUGGUCAGCUUUAUUGCUCUUGAUAAAGGUGAAGCUGUUCCUUCUGAGGAAGUCAUAAAGAAACUGCAGAGCGAGUCAGCUGCUGUGAAGGCAGAGUUGGCUCUGGUAUUUGGAGAAGGGCUUCAUUUUGACAUAGAGACACGACCUCAAAGCUCCACCAUGAACCAGGCUGCAGUCAUUGCUCUGGGCGUUUUGUUGGGCCUGAGCAUCCUGGGACUGAUUGUUUCUGUUGUCUUCAUCAUCAGGUUCAAGAAGAACAAGAAACAUAGAGCUUCUGACAAAGAGAGCUUUAAUUUGGACCAGCAGGCUGAAGAUUACACGAAAUGGUCCAAGAAGAACUCUGAAACUUUUCUGCAGGGUCCUGCAGCACAGAGAAGAGACAACGAGACAGCUGAGCGAGACAAACGAGACAUGGAGUGGACAAUGAAUGCAGACAGAGACAGUGUGAAGUUUUAGGAGCGCAGGAAGAGCAACGGUGAUGAACGCUGUCAAGCUGUGUCGACAACCAGAACCAUGAUCCACCUUGGUCAUUAGAAUAAUCAUUCUAAAGAGACUAAUCAGAGCUUUAUCACAUUCAUACA